CUGAACCAGCUCGGACUGGCAACGUCGCCUCGCGCGGUAAAUUUCACCGCCAAACAGUUACAAUACGCAUUCAACUGUUCGAAAUUUGAACGCGGGACUGUUCAACACCAGCAGACAUCUGAGGGGGCGACGCGAUGCUGUGACGCCGGCACGCCUCCAUCCCCGAAUUCGCCAAUCACACGCUCCAACACACCGGAUGCGGCUUACAGUACGGCCUGUUCAGCUCUACCAUUAUCUCACUCUACACCGCAAAAUUCUGUGAUAGCAAGCGAGAUGACCUGA